AUGGCUCGCCUCAGCUCCAUACUAGCCUCUGCGCUAUUGCUCGUCCAGGCCGUCCAGGCUGGCGCUUCCAAGUGCCCUUCGGGCCUCGUCCCCCGCGAAUGGGAGGGCAGGCAGUACGGCUGCAAGUGCUACGUCGGCGACUCGUGCUGGCCCAAGGCCAAGGCCUGGAACCAGCUCAAGACGACCGUCGAAGGCAACCUCCAGGUCCACGUCCCUCCCGAGGCGGCGUGCCACAACACCUUUGAGGGACCCCUCGGCACGCUCAACACCUUUGACGCGGAUAAGUGCGCCGAGGUCACCGCCAACUACGGCGACGAGCAGUGGUCUACCGACCAGCCCGCUCUGAACCUUUGGAAGUACUUCACCAACAACACUUGCACCGUCACGGAAAACCCUAGCGAGCCCUGCACCCUGGGGUACUAUGGCGUGUACGUGAUCACGGCCAAGAAGCACGCCCACAUCAAGGCCGGCGUUGACUUUGCUCGCACCCACAACCUCCGCCUCAUCAUCCGCAACACCGGCCAUGAUUUCAUUGGUCGCAGCACCGGUUGGGGCGCCCUCAUCAUCAACACGCACAGCUUCCAGGAUAUCGACAUCAUCACCAGCUUCAGCGGCCCCGGCAACUAUGACGGCCCCGCUGUCAAGAUUGGUGCCGGUGUCCAGGGUCGUCAGCUCGUCCGCACCGUUGCCGCCCAAGGCCUCGCUGUCGUUACUGGUGAAUGCCCUACCGUCGGAAUCACUGGUGGACUUAUCGGAGGUGGUGGCCACGGGCCCCUCACCACUCUCUACGGCAUGGCUGCUGACCAGGUCCUCGAGUUCGACAUCCUGACCGUCAACGGCGAGUACAAGACCGUCAAUGCCGACAACGAGCCCGAGCUCUUCUGGGCCCUCAAGGGUGGCGGCCCCUCGACCUACGCCGUCGUCCUCUCCGCCACCAUUCGCGCUUUCCCCGAGCUCAUCGCCUCGGGUGCCGAUCUCUUCAUCAACACCACCGUCAUCAGCGACGAGGCCGUUUUCUGGGAGGGUGUGCGCAUUUUCCACAAGUGGAGCAACCACUUCGUCGAUAGCGGCCUCUACGCCUACUUUGAGAUCUUCCCCGGCACUUUCCGCACCAAGCCCUUCGUCGCCAUCAACCAGACCGUCGACCAGCUCGAGGCCAUCCUCGCCCCCAUGAUCGCCGAGCUCGAGGAGGCCGCGAUUCCUCACGAGGUCCAGCUCCGUCAGUAUGAGACUUUCCACGACCUCUACAUUGACCGCUUCGAGGACGAGGGAGCCGGCGCCUUCGCCCUCACUGGCGGCUGGCUCUUCACCCACAAGGACGUAGAGGACCACAACGACGCCAUCGUCGAGGCCUUCCAGACCGUCAUCAGCCCCCGCCCCGACCUCGUGUACCAGGGCGGCAUCAUCGGCCACCUCUUCGACGCCGGCCACAACCACCCCGUCCCCAACUCGGCUACCCACCCUCUCUGGAGGAAGGGCACCGAUUUCACCAUCGCUAUCCUUUCCGUGCCCCAGGGCGCUUCCCUCGAGGUGAAGGCCGACCUUCAGGACGUCCUCACCAACGUCCAGGAUGCCGCCCUUCGCGCUGCGGGCCCGAACGGCUUCACCUACGUCAACGAGGCUGACCCCUUCCAGCCCAACUGGCAGGAUCACUUCUGGGGCGACAUCUACCCCGAGCUCCGUGCCCUGAAGAAGAAGUGGGAUCCCCGUGGUGUUCUCUACGCCGUGUCCACCCCGGAACCGAGGAGUGGGAGGUCAUCGAGUACGGCACGCGCCUUUGCAUGCGCAUUGAUUAAAAACAAAAGUUAUACAUAA